AUGGACCUGCAGACCUUCCUCAUCAAAACCUUCAAGAGUUGGAGUCCCGACCCUCCAGAGCAGACAUCUCGUACUCAGCAUGACGUGACGUUGAGCUGGACGCCCGGCCCGUGGAGGUUUGUGGAAGACCAGCUGUUGUACCAGGUCGAGAGGAGGGAAAAGAUACCAGCAUGGGUACUGGUUUAUAGUGGUGGAAAAACAACAAAAACUAUUGAAAACCUAGCCCCAAGCCAACCCCACAAGUUUCGGAUGAAAGUUCUUCUGAAAUCCGCAGCAGUGGCUAAUCUUUCACAAUUCGCAAUUAACCAUUUUGGUACCGAAGAGGGCGUUUAUAAACAUUUUAGACAAGGAGUCGAAAAUGAUAAUGACGACGAUAAUCGUUGUGAUGACGAUAAAGAUAACGGAAAAAAUGAAAGCCAUGGAGACAGCACUGAUAAAAAGCCUAGUGAUAAUUUUAUUGUAAAUGAGAAUAAAUUCACCCCUAACGGAAAAGGUGAUCAUCAAAUGAAACAAGUUGUGAGCAAUGUCCACAGUAGCCAGUCCCGGCCAUGGCUGGAGUCCCGCUACUCGGGCCAGGUGUGGACGGCCACGGAUUCGGAGGGAGCGUCCGUCAUUUGUUUCUGCAUGGCCGUGCGCUGCGGGUAUCUUAAACAGAUACAACAGAUGCUGGAGGAGCGCCCGCCGCUGCUGGAGGUCAUCAACUCGGUCAACGGGAUGACGCCGCUCAUCACGGCCGUGCGGAAAGGCGACACCCCCACCGUGCGUCUGCUCCUGUCUUCAGGCGCGGCGGUCGACGCUCGCUCCUCGUCCGGCCAGACGGCUCUGCAGCUUGCCCUGUACUGCCGCAGGGCUGGUAUAGCUCAGCUGCUGCUGGAGAAGGGCGCUGAUGUUGCCAUCCGGGACCUGAACGGUCUACGCGCGGAGCACUAUGCGGUGGACUCGAACAGCCUGGAGUCAGUGCAGCUGGUGUACUGCGGCGGAGGUCAACUAGAGGUCAAGGACAGCCGGGGGUGGACACCACUGUUUAGAGCUGUACUACAAGGCGCUGAUAUAGAGAUAAUUGAAGAUCUAAUCAAACGCGGCGCAGACACCAGAGUUGUAGACGCGGCCGGGCUGACCAUAGCUGAUGCAGCAAGACUCUUGAAGGAUAAGAGUUACCCUCGCGAUGCGGUCGUCAGGCUGGUGGACCCCAGCUACCCGCACGAGCAGGCCGUCACGCACUUCACCAGGCUCACCAGGAAGAUCCACAGUAUGCAGACCCUCUUUAAGUAAACAAAGUAGU